AUGACUCGCCAUGAAGCUGAGGCGGAGGCAGAGGAGGAGGCCAGCGGUCGGGCUCCUCUAUACCCCGGCGAUGAUCCUCGACCGACGAGUAAAAAAGAGCUGGCAGGUUGGUAUUGCUAUGGCUGGGCUGCAGAGGUGUUUACCGUGUGUGCUAUGGCUUCCUUUCUCCCUAUUACCCUCGAGCAGAUGGCCCGGGAUCGUGGGUUUCUUCUGUCCGACAAGACAACCCCGUGUAGCCCAACGUGGAAUCCUUCUCACCAGGUUAACCAUCAAUCCAAUUACGAAGCUCAAAAAUCAAGCUCGAGCCAAUGCAUCAUCUUCUUCCUGGGCGCAGAGAUUAAUACUGCAAGCUUUGCACUAUAUACAUUUUCCCUAAGUGUUUUAGUACAGGCGGUCCUUAUCAUCUCCAUGUCAGGGGCCGCAGAUCAUGGAAGCUAUCGCAAGACACUUCUGGUAAUGUUUGCUUUUAUUGGAGCUGUUGCAACCAUGUUGUUCCUUGCCGUUGUGCCCCAGAUUUACCUCCUAGGUGGGUUACUGGCGAUUGUGGCCAAUACCUGCUUCGGUGCGUCAUUUGUUCUAUUGAAUUCUUUCCUACCGGUUCUAGUCCGCCAUCAUCCUUUGAUCAUUGAACAAGGCCCGGAAGCACUACCGGGGGAGGAUGCCCAACGAGGGCUGGAUGCCUCUACCCCAUUACUUCAAUCCCUCGAGAAUGACGGGGACAUGGCCACCGGUAUGACAUCUAUGCAGCUCGAUCUCUCUACCAAGAUAUCGUCUUUUGGAAUUGGAAUCGGUUAUAUCGGUGCUGUUGUCUUGCAGGUCAUAUCAAUUGCCAUCGUGGUUAUAACCCGGCAGACGACUUUUUCACUCCGCCUAGUCCUAUUCUGCAUUGGGCUGUGGUGGUUCAUAUUCACCAUUCCAGCAACCUUAUGGUUGCGCACUCGGCCUGGCCCACCCCUGUUAAGUAACGGGAAGCCUCUUCAUACAUGGACGGCGUAUAUGAUUUAUUCCUGGAUGUCUCUUGGGAAGACUAUUAUGCGGGCGAGGCGGUUGAAGGAUCUACUCCUCUUUCUUGCCGCCUGGUUCCUCCUUAGCGACGGCAUUGCCACCGUCAGUGGAACAGCGGUGCUGUUUGCCAAAACAGAACUUAAUAUGAAGCCCGCAGCUCUGGGACUCAUUAACGUGAUUGUCAUGCUAGCCGGCGUGUGUGGCGCCUUUUCCUGGAGCUAUGUGUCGAGCCUAUUGCGUCUUCGCGCGUCGCACACCAUCAUAGCCUGUAUUAUUCUGUUUGAACUGAUCCCACUCUAUGGAAUCCUUGGGUUCGUUCCAUCUGUUCAGCGUUUAGGUCUUGGCCUCCGACAACCAUGGGAAAUGUAUCCCCUCGGAGCCGUUUAUGGCCUAGUAAUGGGUGGGCUCUCCUCCUACUGCCGAAGUUUCUUCGCCGAAUUAAUCCCACCCGGCCAUGAAGCGGCUUUUUAUGCUCUUUAUGCCAUCACCGACAAGGGAUCUAGCAUAUUUGGCCCCACAAUUGUCGGGGUCAUUACUGAUCGGUAUGGUGAGAUUCGGCCCGCCUUCGUGUUUCUAGUCAUUCUGAUCUUUCUCCCCUUACCACUCAUGCUACUUGUGGAUGUUGAACGGGGGAAACGAGAUGCUCUCGAACUCGGUGUCGACCUCAAUGGUUUGUCAGCGGCGGGAUAUGGCACGACCUCGACAAGCACGCCAGAGGAAUAG